AUGAAAAAAUCCAUGAAUGACGACGUCGAAACCGUCGAGAACAAUCACAACAGAUCACUUACGACUUUCAAGAUGAUUUUAUCUGGCUUGCUUGUUGGUCUACUGGGUGUGGUUACUAGCCAUGUGUGGGCACAGACUGCGGUCGACUCUUAUAUCGCUACCGAAUCUCCCAUUGCCCAGGCCGGAUUGCUCGCAAACAUCGGACCAUCAGGUUCGAAGUCUUCAGGUGCAAGACCAGGAAUUGUAAUUGCCUCACCUUCUCAUCAAAACCCGGAUUACUUGUUUACUUGGACGAGAGAUGCAGCGUUAGUCUUUCAGUGGAUAAUAGACCAAGUUACGCUCCAAAGAAACCCUUCGCUGAGAGGUCAGGUUGAGAAUUACAUCACUUCGCAGGCCAAUUUGCAACAAGUAUCGAACCCAUCUGGCACAAUCACUACUGGAGGGCUGGGAGAGCCGAAGUUUAACAUAGACCUGACAGCGUUCACAGGUGCAUGGGGCCGACCCCAACGAGACGGUCCUGCUCUCCGAUCCAUUGCACUCAUUACCUACGCCAACUGGCUCGUCGCUAACAACAACCAAACAUUUGUUACGAAUACGCUAUGGCCAAUCAUCCAAAGAGAUCUCGAUUAUGUGGCCAGCACCUGGAAUCAAUCAACGUUUGACCUCUGGGAAGAAAUAUCCUCUUCCUCGUUCUUUACAACUGCCGAGCAACACCGUUCACUUCGUCAAGGUGCAACGCUCGCCACUAAAAUAGGUCAAACGUCGGUUGUCCAGAAUUAUAACACACAAGCGAGUAAUCUGCUCUGUUUUAUGCAGUCUUACUGGAAUCCCAGUCAAGGUUACAUGACUGCCAACACUGGUGGAGGUCGUUCUGGCAAAGACGCGAACACCGUUUUGACUAGCAUCCACACGUUCGAUCCAGAGGCGGGUUGCGAUGCUACAACCUUCCAACCAUGUUCAGAUCGUGCCCUUUCGAACUUGCGUCAAUAUGUAAACUCUUUCAGGAGCAUCUACAAUAUCAAUUCAGGCAUUCCAGUCAAUCAAGCUGUCGCCACCGGACGUUAUGCAGAAGAUGUUUACUUCGGUGGAAAUCCUUGGUACUUGACAACUCUAGCAGUUGCCGAGCAACUCUACGACGCGCUUACUGUUUGGAAUAAGCAAAAGUCUUUAGAAGUGACUAGUAUUUCCCUCCCCUUCUUCCAACAAUUCUCCUCUGGCAUUACUGUCGGCACUUACGCGUCUUCCACCUCUACAUUCACAACUCUCACAUCCGCGAUCAAAACAUACGCUGAUGGAUUUGUGGCUGUUGUAGCCAAGUACACCCCUUCGAACGGCGGAUUGGCAGAGCAAUACACCAGGGAUACUGGAACGCCGACCAGUGCCGUUGAUUUGACAUGGAGCUACGCUGCAGCUUUGACUGCGUUUGGUGCCCAUGCAGGACAAGUCCCCGCCAGCUGGGGCGCAAAGGGAUUGACCGUUCCGACCACUUGCGUACGAGGUGGCGGGACUGGUGGCUCAACCGUUUCCAUUACUUUCAACGUGCAUGCAGAAACCGUGUUUGGGGGUAAGUAA